AUGCUUUCUCUUCCACCUGAAGUUCAACUUGAUGUUCUAAAAUGUCUUAAUUUUGAGCAAUUAUUCUCUCUUAAACAAGCCAACUUUUAUUUUCGGAACUUGAUUAAUAAAUAUGAGGGAGGAUUGGCAAGAAUGAAAUUCUAUAGACUUAUCGGUCCCAACAACUCAUAUAUUGAAGAUGUAAUCAUUAAACUUGGACCUGUAAUUUCUGAAUUUGUUUUGAAUGAUCUGAUUAUGGAGAAGUGGAAAACAGCGUUAGAUAAAUCUAUUCCGUUGUUUUUACAUAAUUCUGAAGUUAAUACAAACUUUGUUGUUUCUUUAGAGAAAGAAGGUAUAAAAAUAUUGUUAUAUGAAAUAGUAGUGGGCACUUGUAAGGAAGCGGGCCCUUAUUUGUUUUUUUUGUUUCUUUUGGCAUUAACCUGUUAA